CCGGGUGGCGAUUGGCAACCUUUGAUCCGUAGUAAGAACUAAGAAAGUCGUGCCACAAGACAUUGAAUCUUGACGUACGCUUCUCUCUGUCGGAUUCUUGAAGGCAGCGAUGAAAGUAUCUUGCCGGCACACCUGCUCCUCUGUUCGCGGCCGCGGCACUCAUCUGCCGUCAGCGGGUAUCUCGUGAUUUUUCUCUUCUUGUAUUUUAUUUAUUUAUUUAAGCAAACCGAAAAGAAAAGAACUGUACGCUACGUUGUCUACGUUCCAGGUAUUUCAAUAGGAGAGGACCAAAAAUUACAAGUUCAUCAGUUAUGCUUGUUUUUCUUUGGAAGUGGUGGUUCUUCAUUUCUCUUUCUUCAGUUCUAUUGAAAGGAAAUCUCAUCCUAGGAUCUCCGACUCCCACAACUCUUUCGUCAGGCACCCGAUUACCUGAACUUAGAGUGCUGCUUAACUCUCGCGGCCUUUCGAAAAUCAGCAGCCCAGGUUUAGAUCUCAUUAGACAACUACUUCACGAACUGCACGAGUGCCGAAGCAGCAAAGCCCCAGCUAUGAGAAAAGUGAUACUCACCAAUAAGACGGUCACGUGUAAUGACGGCUCUCCUGCGGGGUACUAUAUUCGAGAGGCAAGGGCAAGCAAACGAUGGAUCAUUUUUCUAGAAGGUGGCUGGUAUUGCUUCGAUGAAAAGAGUUGCAACCAUCGGUGGAUGCGGUCUCGGAACCUCAUGUCAUCUACUUUAUGGCCAGAAACAAGGAGUGUUGGUGGAAUACUUUCACCUGAUCCAGAAGAAAACCCUUAUUGGUGGGAUGCUAAUCAAGUAUUUUUACCAUACUGCUCAAGUGAUACAUGGAGUGGUGCAUCUCACUCAUCCCGAAAAGGUGAAUUUUCUUUCUUAGGAUCUCUGAUAGUUAUGGAAGUAAUCAAGGAUCUGUUGACCAAAGGGCUUUUUACGGCUGACAUGCUGCUUUUGGCAGGUAGCAGUGCUGGCGGAACUGGUGUCUUAAUUAACCUUGACAGAGUAUCGGAUUUUCUCAAAAACCUCAAAUCUAAGAUUGAGGUCCGAGGAUUAGCGGAUUCUGGUUGGUUCCUAGAUAAUGAACCUUACCAACCUUUGGACUGCCUAGAUCCUCAAACCUGUGCUCCUGUAGAAGCCAUCAAACGCGGUGUCAAGUUAUGGAAUGGACAGGUUCCGAGGCGUUGCCAAAUGCAGUACAGUGUGAAUGAUAUCUGGCGUUGUUACUUUGGAUACAGGAUCUAUUCAACUCUACAAAGUCCUGUAUUCGUGUUUCAGUGGCUCUUCGAUGAAGCCCAGAUGACAGCUGACAACGUCGGAGCACCUGUAUCUAAGCCCCAAUGGGAUUACAUACACAAAAUGGGUAAUGAUCUCAGGACAUCUUUAGAAAAUGUAACCGCUGUAUUUGCCCCUUCUUGUAUAUCACAUAUGGUUUUGUCUAAAAAAGAUUGGCGUCAUGUAAAAAUCAAUAAAGUUUCUCUUCCCCAAGCCCUUCGAUGUUGGGAGCUGCAAGCUCAUGAGCAUAAUCAUCAUCAUCACCAUCCUCACCAUCAUCUGUACGACCCGCUGGAAGCUGAUUCUUUGCCUCACGACGCCACGAGCCCGAGUAGUAUGGCAGGCGAUAUGCCUACUGCUAGUCUGAGGAUUGGAAGAAAGAAAUCGGAUUAUAAUUGCACAGAGAAUCGAGACGAUAUGGAUUCUAGUGAAUUGGUUCAAGAUAAGGAAGAGAGAAGGAAACUGAGGAGGAAAGAGAGGAAGAGAAGACGUCAGAACAAAAAUAAAAAAAGAAAGAAAAACAGUCGAAAAGAAUCAAGGAGCCGUGACAAACGUACUCUCUUUCCUGAAGACAUGCGGGUGCGGCAUCGGUGGACCCUACAUGAGGACCUGUGCUAUCACUGGCUGGUGGAUGAGUGCACUUGGCCUCAGUGCAACAGAGCUUGCCCGAGACUGCAUGACCCCUUCACUGGAGAGGAACUGGAUUUCAUCGAACUGCUGAAGUCUUUCGGAUUAGAUAUGAGCAGCGUGGCGAAUGCCCUUGGUAUAGACUUAGUUACUCUCAACGACAUGGACCACGAUACAUUGCUUCAACUCCUCACACAACAGACCAACAAGUGAAAAAUGAGGCAUCGUCGGAAAAGUUUGCCUUUUUUGUGCGAAAGAUUUCAAUGGUGAUGAAGAAUGUUUAAGGCAAUCAACUGACUUGUUUUUGUAAAUACAUUUGCCAGUUCAAAUAUUGUCAUCAGCACACUAACUCAUUCUUAUUGUGUGAAUAUUAUUAUACUUUGAUCCCGGUCAUGUAUUUUUAGCAUUGGUCGAAUAUUACUCAGGGUUGUCUUACAGGACCUGAUUUCUUUCAAGAGAUAUACAUAAGAUUUUUAUUUGAAACUAAGACAGUUUAUACAGACUUUCAUGUGCACUGUUUCAUUUGCAAACUGAAAAAUGUAUUAAAUUAUGUGUUGUUAUAAUGUAUGUGUCCCUAGUAAAAAGACAAAUGUGUACUUUAGUGACCAAUAGUUAGAUAUGAACUCUUGAAGUCGCGAGUCGGUUAAUGUUCACAAAGAAUUUAAAAUUUCCAGUGGUAGAUACUUGCACCUGGAAAUGUUAGCAAACAUAAUAUGUUAGUUCCAGAUAGGUAAAUUAUAAAUAUCAUCACAUUACUCUGUUAUAUUUCUGGCAUCAUAGCGAAAACAUUCUCUUGUAAACUAUCAUUUGAAGAAUGUCUAUCAAGUAGAUAUCAUUCAGCUAUUCAUUUUCUUCAAAAGAAAUGGCGCUCGCCGGCGGCCGAGCGGUAAAGUCGCUGAACACUGCUAGCUCUCCUUAUUCUAUAGUAGUUUUAAAUUUUCUCUUAUGAAGAAGUAUGAUUAAAAUUUAGUAUUUAAAGAUUAUAAGCUGAAUGAAAUUGUAAGAUUUCGCGGAAAUGGAAAGGUAAAAGGAACGAAGUUCCUAUCAUUUCCGCGAUGCAGCAAGUAAUGUGAUGAUACAUGCAGUGAAAAAUAAUGUUACUAUCAAAUUUGUACUUACUCAGUCAUUUGCUAUAUUUAUAUAUAUAUAUAUUUUUUUGAAUUGGUGUUCUAAAGUACUUUUUGUCUUGCUGUAUACAGUCGAGUCUUGUUAUAUGUACUUCGGAUAUUUCCCUUUCAUCACAAAUGUACGAAUACAUUGGAUAGUUUUCUCUUAUUUUCUCAUACCUAUUUUGCUUUUUCUGUUAAAAGCAUUUAGUCACUAAUUCUGUUGUAAAUAAUAAAAUUUCAAGUGUUUUUCAUGUUAAUUUCAAGUUAAUCAAUAAUCUUAUUAAUUAACAUUAAAAUAAAUUUAAUGAUUUUUCUGAUUGCUGAUUUAAUUUUACUGAAUUU